AAGCUGCAGGAGUAACGAUAUAAAACCUUGAGACAAGCGGAUGCUCCUCUCUCAAACCCGCUGCCAUCUCAGUGGUGGAAAUGUUGGAGUUGGGGAGGGUCGACUUUGAGGUGACAUUGACGCUAUGUAGACGAAAGUGAGGAUCCUGCGCUCCAUGUUACGUCCCUGCUCGCUUCAACUGAGACGGCGGCAGCUCCUUUUCUCCGUCUUCUCUCCCCUCCUCUCUUUCAGCACCACUCCUUUAAGGACAGCACCUCGCUCUCAAAGACGCAUUUGCCAACUAUCCUCUCCCCUUUCGGAUCAUAUAUUCGCUCGCUGUCGCCGAAUGCAAAGUUUUCACCGCGGUUUGACUCAGUGCAAGUGAAAGGAAGUUACUUUUUUCCAAAAUCGGGAUAUUCCCCCCCGGAGAAAGAAUCUGCAAAGUAGCGGACUGUAUUGGUCACUGGAUUGUUGCUAAGGUCCUCGCCUCGCCUUUUCUCCAAAUCACUCGCUGUACCCCAGUUUUCGUUUUUUUCCCCCUCUCGGCUGUUGUCUGGGAACUGGAAGUACGGGACGGAUAAACUGCUGUCUAUCUGGACCAGUGCUGAAACCCCCUCUUCUCCACUGGUCAGGACUGUCCGACGCACACCUCGACCAUGGCUACCAACGGGACCAAAGCCUCGGACGGACACGUCUUAACGGAGACGGUGAAUGACGCGCCCACCACCACGCCAAACGACAAACCCAAAACCUUGGUGGUGAAAGUGCAGAAGACGAAAAAGGAGAUACCCGAAAGAGAAACGUGGGGUGGGAAAUUUGACUUUCUCCUCUCUUGUGUCGGAUACGCAAUCGGACUCGGAAAUGUCUGGAGAUUUCCUUACUUAUGUGGAAAAAACGGUGGAGGGGCCUUCUUGAUUCCCUACUUUUUGACCCUCAUAUUUGCUGGUAUGCCUCUGUUCUUUCUGGAGACGGCUCUUGGUCAGUACACUUCUAUUGGAGGUCUUGGAGUGUGGAAGCUGGCUCCAAUGUUCAAAGGUGUUGGCCUGGCUGCUGCUGUUCUGUCCUUUUGGCUCAAUAUCUAUUACAUUGUUAUCAUUUCCUGGGCUAUUUACUAUUUGUACAACUCCUUCAGUGCUGAUUUGCCGUGGCAGACUUGUGGAAAUAGCUGGAACACAGAGCGCUGCUACACCAACUACAGCAUCACAGACACCUCAAACCUCACCAGUGCCGUUGUAGAGUUCUGGGAACGAAACAUGCAUCAGCUGACCGAUGGCCUGGAGAAGCCUGGGGAGGUCAGGAUCCCACUGGCUAUCACACUCGCCAUAGCAUGGGUCCUUGUCUAUUUCUGUAUCUGGAAGGGAGUCAGCUGGACUGGCAAAGUGGUGUACUUCUCUGCCACGUACCCUUACUUCAUGUUGUUCAUCCUGUUUUGCCGUGGUGUCUCUCUGCCCGGUGCCAUUGAUGGAAUCCUCUUCUAUAUCACACCAGACUUCAACAAGCUUAAGGAGUCUGAGGUGUGGCUCGACGCUGCCACUCAGAUCUUCUUUUCCUACGGGCUAGGAUUAGGCUCUCUGAUUGCUCUCGGCAGCUAUAAUCCCUUCACCAACAACGUAUACAGAGAUUCUGUCAUUGUCUGCUGCAUCAACUCCUUUACCAGUAUGUUCGCCGGCUUUGUCAUCUUCUCCAUCGUGGGAUUUAUGGCCAAUGUGACAAAGAGACCCAUCGCUGAUGUGGCAGCCUCAGGACCUGGCUUGGCUUUUUUGGCAUAUCCAGAGGCUGUCACCCAGCUCCCCAUUUCCCCUCUCUGGGCAGUGUUGUUUUUCUCCAUGCUCUUGAUGCUGGGAAUUGACAGUCAGUUCUGCACUGUGGAAGGCUUCAUCACUGCCCUGGUUGAUGAAUUCCCCCAUGUCCUUCGAAAGCGUAGAGAGAUCUUCAUUGCAGUCGUCUGCCUUAUUUCUUACAUCAUUGGCCUGUCCAACAUCACACAGGGUGGACUGUACGUGUUUAAACUGUUUGAUUACUAUUCAGCUAGUGGGAUGUCCCUACUCUUCUUGGUCUUCUUCGAAUGUAUCUCAAUCUCAUGGUUCUACGGUGUGAACAAAUUCUAUGACAACAUUGAAGAAAUGAUUGGCUACAGACCAUGUCUCUGGUGGAAGGCCUGCUGGGUUGUCUUUACUCCACUCGUUGUGGCUGGAGUCUUCUUGUUUAGUGCAAUACAGAUGGUUCCUCUUACUAUGGGCGACUAUGUGUUCCCUGCCUGGGGUCAGGGGGUCGGCUGGUGCAUGGCCCUCUCCUCCAUGAUUCUCAUCCCUGGCUACAUGGGCUACAUGUUCCUCACACUCAAAGGCACAUACAAAGAGCGUCUGCGGAUGAUGAUCAAGCCUUUGGUACUGGUGAAGGCUCAGGAAAAUGGUCCAGACCAGCAGACAGAAAACCAGAAUCAGAACCCUGCUACUGAGGAAGCCUACAUCUAAAAAGGUCUGAUCUCUGUCUCAACAGCCAGACUGGCACUCCACAAUAGAAGAAACGUAAUCAAGGUUGGGAACAACCACUAGACUUUUAUGUCUGCUUUUAUUCACCUACCUCCUGGGGACAUGUGAAACCAACCUGAUUACACAGUUAUUUUUAGGGGGUUUUCUGUAUGUUUAUUUGUAAAAUACAAAGUUAUAAAACUUAUGAUGACAAGCAAAUUAUCCAGCAAAGUUAUUGUGAUAUUAUGAAUUUCAUUAUGCAAAAAAGUUAGCCUUUUUAGAAAAGGAAAUGUGACUUAGUAAAAUACUGUAUAUUGAAUAUAUAUAAUUAAAAUUUGGAGGCCCA